GCCGCAUUACGAACGUAUCGCGCGGAACGUAACGUCGGACUUGUAAUUUCGAUCGUGUUUAGUGAUGUUUUGAAUGUGGAAGGAAGCCCAGACAGGGGUUAUUAUUUCGACAGGAUUUUAAAGAAUUUACAAGGAAUUAAUUUCACAAUAAUAUCAGGAUGGACUGGAAAGGCAAAAUUAUAGUGCUUUCAAUUUGUACAUACAUUUUAAUCCUUCCAACGAAUGCACGGAUGAAACGGGGAAAGUAUGAGUUUUUAGAAAGUUUUUGUAAAGGACCUGACGUAUAUGUUGCAAUUCCUUGGGAUUGUACUGGCUAUGUGCAUUGCUCAAAUCUAGGGAAUCAGCCGGAUGCCUACUGGAUUGAGUGUCCCUUAAAUUUGUACUACAGUAUGGAACACAGGACGUGUAUGUGGCCAAAGGAUAGCAAGAGACCAUGUCCGGCACUAAAAGACAUUAUCGAGAACUACUGCCUGGACAAUCCAGUUAUUCGAUUCCAGAACCCAGACCACUGCGCACAAUAUUACGACUGCAGUGACGCCUCGUUUACUCCCGGACUUGGACCCUACCUGAAGGAAUGCACCUUCCCUAUGCUGUACGACCCCACCACGAACAUGUGCACCAAUAGGCUCUCUGUCAACUGUAUGGAUCGCUUCACUCCAAGCAACAAAUGUGACUACGUGCAGCAUGCGGGCACGGGUGUGAACUGCGAGGUGAUUACGACCCCGGGGUGCGAGGGGAUGCCGGAUGGGCCCAACCCGUACCCGAACAGACUGCUCACCGCCUACUACCUCAUGUGCAGGGGUAACAGGACAGUAAGCACUCAGAUGUGUACCAAUGGAGAUGUGUUCGAUCCCAUCAAGUUCGCCUGCACCAAGGAUAUUGACAUGUUAUCCAUAGAGGUGUACUGCGCUCAACACUUGGGUGACGAGCGCGACAGCCCUGCCAACUGCGCUCAGUACAUCGACUGUCGUCCGUCCGUCUCCCACCCCACCCUCGGGCGGCACAUGGCCGAAUGCCCCUACCCUCAGCUGUUCUCAUCUAUUUCGGGGAGGUGCGAGAAUUAUGAGAUGGUACAGUGUGGGACCAGAUAUGAACCGAGGGCCCCUUGCGAGUAUGCCACACUAGUGGGAAGCGGGUCGGUGACAAACUGUCAGGGCACGUAUUACAGCUGCGUUGGCCUGCCAGACGGACCCAAUCCCGUCCCUAGUGGCCUCAUUGACACCAAAUACGUUAUGUGUCAGACCGACCGUACCGUAGAUGUGACGGACUGUCCCGCGGGCAAGGUGUACGACCACGCCCAGAAACUCUGCACAAUAACCGCCGACCAAGACCUCAUAACCACCCAAUGUACCCAAAAUCCGUUUGCAAUGCUCCCAGACCCGGAUAACUGCGCCCGCUACUUUAACUGCAGUCAAAGAGUUACCCUACCAAACCUUGUACAGUACCAGGAAGAAUGUGACUACCCAUUCCUGUUCAACACGCAGACGUCGGCCUGUGACGACUUCUCGGUGGUCGCCUGUGGAACCAGAUUAGAGCCCAAGGCCCCAUGUGAUUACCUCUCCACUACCACCAAGUGUGAGGGUCCCCUCUGCUCCCUGCCUUGCCUAGAGCGAUCUCCCAGCUGUGUGGGCAUGCCGAACGGGAACAACACCUACCCGGGUCGCGACUUGUCUCCCUUCUACAUGACCUGCCUCGGGGAGCGUACCCAGACGGUCGGCAUCUGCAGGUUCGGCGUUUACGACCCCACCCUCCGAGCGUGUACCACGGAGCUGGAUCCAAUCUCUAUCGAACUGUUCUGCCAGAAGAACCCCACGGGUAUAAUCCCUCACUAUACAAACUGUGCCCGCUACUACAACUGCAGCAGUGCCACGCCCACCCCCGAGGGUAACAGCUACCUUCAGGAGUGCCUAUACCCACAACUGUUUAACUUGGACAAGAUGACAUGCGAUCCAUACUCUACUGUCCAGUGUACCUUCAGAUACGAACCGAAGGGGCCAUGUGAGUACAUUCAGAACCAGGCAUGCCCGGGGGGUGCCGCCACGUGCCUGCCCUGUGAACAGCGAAUACCCAGCUGCCUUGGCCUCGAGAACGGGAACAACUCCUUCCCCGGCCGGGACAACUUCCACGUUGUUUGUCAGGACCAACGAACAAUGUUCGUCCGCGAGUGCGUUGGCGAAACUUUUGAUCCGUUGACCAGAGCCUGCAAGGUUGCGGAGCGCUUUGAUAUCAACCGCCCUGGCAAGUUCUGUGCACUCAACCCCACAGCAACUGUGGCCAGUCCGCUCUCAUGUGCACAGUACUUCGACUGUUCUUCACAGGUAACCGAGCUGGGAAAAUAUAAGAGGGAGUGUCCCUACCCUCAGCUGUUUGACGAGCUUUCUGGAAGAUGUGCACCGUAUAACCUUGUUAGCUGUGGUGGUCGGUUCGUUGCUGUUGAUCCUUGCGAAUACGAGUUGAAUCUCCGUUGUCCAUCUGUGGGUCAAUGUCUGCCCUGCAGGGAACGCUUUGUCAGCUGUAAGGGAAACACCAAUGGUAACCAUUCCAUCCAGGGUCGACCGUCCGAGUACAAGGUUUGUUUGGAUGAGCGCCUACUCGAAGUGCGUCGUUGUGCUGGAAACGGUAUCUACGACCCAAUGCGUGGUUGCCAGGUCGCCUUCGAUAUCGGAAAUCCCGUGCCGUACUGCACCGCCUACCCGAAUGCCCUGUUACCCAACCCUGACAACUGUGCCCAGUUUUUCGACUGUAGACAACAGAAUACGAUGUUCGGGAAUUACUUGAGAGAGUGUCCCUACCUGCAGUUGUAUUCGGAUGCGGAUAAGACCUGUCACAGUUUCGACCGGGUGCCCUGCGGUACACGAUACGAGCCCAAAGCUCCAUGUGACUACCUCCAAAACGUUCAAUGUUACGACCCAGCCGGCUGCCCACCAUGUCCCUCCCUUAAGCCAAGCUGCUUGGGGCUUCCCAACGGAAACAACUCCUUCCCUGGCCGGCCCAAAGAAUUCAUCGUCUGCGCGGCCGAGAGGACCAUCGCCAUGGAGCAGUGUGUGUUUGAUUUUGACGUCAUGAGGAGAGAAUGCGGGCAGAACAUGUCCGACCCUAUGAUCUUCUGUUCGCUUCGGCCUAAUGGCGUGAUGCCCCACCCAUCUCGAUGCCACCAGUACUUCGACUGUCGCCAGUUCUCCACCCGUUAUGGAGAGACCUACCUGUCCGAGUGUACCUAUCCCGCACUGUUUGACGAGCGGCUCGGAGUUUGUGCUAACUUUAUGGACGUACAGUGUGGAGCACGAUACGAACCACUCUCGGCUUGUGAAUACAUGGAAAACACGUGUCAAUUCAAAGGCCCCGGAUGCAUGCCGUGUGAAUCGCGCUUUGUGUCAUGCGAAGGGAAACUUGAUGGAAACAACAGCUACCCUGGACAGGAGAUGUCCCGGCGGUUUACAGUGUGUCAAAAAGGCCGAACUUUCGGGGAGGGAUCCUGCCCUACAGGCUACUUUGACCCCGUCAAGAGGGUGUGUUCUACAAGGCUAGACGCAGUGUCCAUCCAGCUGUUAUGUCAGCAGAGCCCAGGCCUGGUGGUAACCAACCCGCUCCAUUGCGCCCAGUACAUCGACUGCAGUAACACGUCGGUGGCGGAGGGAACGUUUCUCCGCGAGUGCCCCUACCCCAUGCUGUUCCACGAAGACACCCUCGUGUGCCAGAACUUUACCACUGUCAACUGUCAGGCAACUUUCAGAAUGGAGCCAAUAGAGCCUUGUCAGUACCACCAGCACAACUGCGACCCCAGGGCGCCCGACUGUGUGCCGUGCCAGCAGCGGUUCCCCUCUUGUAAGGGCCUCCCUGAUGGUGACAACCCCCACCCGGGCCGCGAAUUGACGGAGCAUUACAUCGUGUGUCAGCAAGGCCGCACCAUGGCCGCCCUCACGUGUUCCAAUGGCGUCUUCUUUCCGGACAAACGCGAGUGUAACGUCGUGCUCGAUGAAGCCAUGGCGGUACAGUUUUGUGGCGCCAACCCCUCGGCUAUUGUUCCCCACCAGAUGAACUGUGCCCAGUACUUCGACUGUAACCAGGCUGUGUCUGGAAGCUACCUUCGGGAGUGCAGGUACCCGCAGUUAUUUGAUGAGCUCACAAACAUGUGUCGUAACUUCUCUGACGUCAGCUGUGGAAUGAGAUUCGAAGCCCAGGCGCCGUGUGAGUACCUGCAGACGCGGUGCUUGUCCAGCGCGGUAAACUGCACCCCCUGCCCGGAGCGUCUCCCCAGCUGUAUAGGACUCCCUAACGGAAACAACCCGUUCCCGACUCGACCCAACUCCCAGUAUUACGUCAACUGCUUUAUGAAUAGGACGGUGGCUGUUGAGGUCUGUCAGGUGUCGCUGUUUGACCCGGUCACCAGGGAGUGCUCCAGUGUCAUAGAUGCAGGCGUACUGCGCGGUUUCUGCCAGGAGAACCCGUCCGUACUGAUCCCCGACCCCAACCAUUGCGCCCGCUUCUACAACUGCUCGGAUCCCUCGGUGCGCCAGGGUCUCGGUGUGCCUCACCUUCACGAGUGCAAGUACCCGCGUCUGUUUGGGUACGGAGGGACAAGCUGUCAACUCUUCACGGAGAUCACGUGUGAAACGAGAUAUGAGCCCAAGGCCCCAUGUGAAUAUGUUGAAAACCAGUGUUUUAACGCCACGUGUGCCCCGUGCUUGGAGAACUACCCAACCUGCGUCGACAAACAAGAUGGAAGCAACCAUUUCCCCGGACGGGAAGGAACGGAGUACUAUAUCGUCUGCUACAAGCAUCGUACAGUCGCAAUUGUCACGUGCACCACUGGAUUCUAUAACCACGCGUCACGCUCGUGCGAGGUGGUCAAUCCCAAUACCGGGGCUGUAGGGGGAUCGGGUUCUGUGUUUAAAUAACGAACAUGAAAUGGACUCUCCCGUCUAAGCUUAAAUGACGCUUAGCUACGUGUAUAUUUAUGAUUUAAUACCGUAAUGAUGAACAUAUGUAAGAUUGCUUCCAGUUUAUUGUUAUUGCACGUUGACUUUUACAUUAUUAUACAUAUUUAUAUCAUGGCAUUAUAGUGUUACUUUAAGCAACACCUGGUCUUUUGAUUAGAAACAAAUUCUUACAUAAAUUUGCCAUCACAUGUUUAAUAAACUUGUUGACUUUUAACCUCGAACUAUUUGGUAUAAAACUAAUUUAUUGAAAAACUUAAAUGUCAAAGUGCUGUUCGUUUCUUUUUAAAGCCUACCUUCUAAGGCCCUUCUCCGGUCAAACUGAAAAUAAUACUCUUUGUAACUAAACACAUUCAUGGCCGAGUUCGAGAUUCGCUGUUAAUUUUAGUGUAAUUUUAUCAAAAGCGCCUUUACUGGAAACAUAAUAAUGUAAUUAAGACGUGUAGAUCAAAAGAACUUCUAAAAAUUGCUAAUUAAAAACAAGUUUACCGUAUAGUUUCUACACACACGUUUCUGUCCGCCAUUUUAACUGUCUCCGUGUUUCGCGUUUUAUAAAAGAUGACGUCAUAACUAAAAAUGGCGACCAGUCAGAAUAUAAAACGCUACUAACGUCAUGUUAAUUACAUAUGCCUGGGCGCCACUUUAAACAUUGCCGACUGCUUUUUUGCAAAUAAUCAUAAUAAAAUGUCCUAGUAAUGUACUUGAUCACCAAUAAAUGUUUCAUGAAAACCUUA